AUGGAAGUAAAACAAGAAGUUAAUGUUUAUAUAUGUAAAGAAGAAAUUGAUAAUGAGGGCGGUAAUGCUCUUUCUGAUACCCUUAAAAUUGAAAUUAAAGAGGAGCCCAAGAGAGAAAGUACAAAUGAUGCAUUUGAUUAUUUAGUAUUACAGAAGAACCCUAUAAAGACAGAAAAAGAAACAUAUGAAGAUAAAUUCAUAUUGUUUGAAGAAAAAGAAACAAGUGAAAAAAGUAAGUAA